AUGCAUCGGCUGCCCUACGAUGUCCAGCUCUCCAUCUUCCGCCUCCUCAGUGUCCGCGACGUCGUUCGGGUCUGCGCGACGUGCCGUGCGCUGCAAGAACUCAUGGGGGACCGCACGAUCUGGCACCGCGCCCUUCUCCGCAUCCUCGCCCGCUUCCCCCAGCCGCAGCUCUUCCGCAGGCUGCCCACGAUGGGCCCCGACGAGCUCCGCGCGUCCGUCCUGCGCUCGGCUCGGCUGGACCGCCUCUGGCACGCGCCCGAGUACCGCCCCCGCCAGGUCACGGAUUACCACUGCGACCGCACUGUCGAGCACGUCAGCCUCGUCGCGGGCGGAACGUGGCUCGUCAUCGUCCGCCACGACGGCUCGCUGCAGCUGCACGAGCUCGGGGCGCCUCAGCCCACCGCGACGUUCGCCCACGCGCCGACCGAGGACGAGUCUGUCUUCUACCUGAGCUCCCGCCUGUCGCUUUCUGGCGAGCACGAAGACCUCAUCAUCCUCCAGAUGGGCGUCCGGUACAACCAGUGCAACAUAUACGCGUACCACGUCGCCACGACGGGCCCCGCGCCCACGCUCGUGCCGAUGGGCAGGGUGUCCGUCACCGGCUCCGUGUGGUGCUGCGCGUCCGGCGGCCGCCUCCUCGUCUACGGCCUCGAGAGCGGCGGGGGCGACAUGGUCCUCCACGUCUGCCGCAUCGGCGCCUCCAGGCCGCAGCUGGCGCUGAACAUCGGGCCCUGGUCG